AUGGGCCCCGCGGCGCGGCUGGCAGCGCUGUUGGCGGUGCUGGCGCUACGGGCCGGGGACCCGGCCGAGGUCGCGGCGCGCGGGGACACGUUCUCGGCGCUGACCAGUGUGGCGCGCGCCCUGGCGCCCGAGCGCCGGCUGCUGGGACUGCUGCGGCGCUACCUGCUCGGGGAGGAGGCGCGGCUGCGGGACCUGACCAGAUUCUAUCACAAGGUGCUAUCUUUACAUGAAGAUGCAGCAACCCCUGUGUCUAACCCUCUGCUUGCAUUUACUCUCAUCAAACGCCUACAGUCUGACUGGAAGAAUGUGGUACAUAGUCUGGAGGCCAGUGAGAACAUCCGAGCUCUCAAGGAUGGUUAUGAGAGGGUGGAGCAGGACCUGCCAGCCUUUGAGGACCUCGAGGGAGCAGCAAGGGCCCUGAUGCGGCUGCAGGACGUGUAUAUGCUCAAUGUGAAGGGACUUGCCCGAGGCGUCUUCCAGAGAGUCACAGGAUCUGCUGUCACGGAUUUGUACAGUCCCAGGCGACUUUUCUCCCUCACCGGGGAUGACUGCUUCCAGGUUGGCAAGGUGGCCUAUGACAUGGGGGAUUACUACCAUGCCAUUCCAUGGCUGGAGGAGGCUGUCAGUCUCUUCCGAGGCUCUUAUGGAGAAUGGAAGACAGAGGAUGAGGCAAGUCUUGAGGAUGCCUUGGAUCACUUGGCCUUCGCCUAUUUCCAGGCAGGAAAUGUUUUGUGUGCCCUCAACCUUUCCCGGGAAUUUCUCCUGUACAGCCCAGAUAAUAAGAGGGUAGCCAGAAAUGUCUUGAAGUAUGAAAAGCUCUUGGCAGAGAGCCCUAACCAGGCUGUAGCUGAGACUGUCAUGCAGAGACCCAAUGUGCCCCACCUGCAGACCAGGGACACCUACGAGGGGUUAUGUCAGACCCUGGGUUCCCAGCCUACUCACUACCAGAUCCCCAGCCUCUACUGCUCCUAUGAGACUAGUUCCAGUCCCUACCUGCUGCUCCAGCCAGUGCGGAAGGAGGUCAUCCACCUGGAACCCUAUGUUGUUCUCUACCAUGACUUUGUCAGUGAUGCCGAGGCUCAGAAGAUCAGAGGGCUUGCAGAACCAUGGUUACAGAGAUCCGUGGUGGCGUCAGGAGAAAAGCAGUUACCAGUGGAGUACCGCAUCAGCAAGAGUGCCUGGCUGAAGGACACUGUUGACCCAGUGCUGGUGACCCUUGACCGUCGCAUUGCUGCCCUCACAGGCCUUGAUGUCCAGCCUCCCUAUGCAGAGUAUCUCCAGGUGGUGAACUAUGGGAUUGGAGGGCACUAUGAGCCUCACUUUGACCAUGCCACGUCACCAAGCAGCCCACUGUACAGGAUGAACUCUGGGAACCGGGUCGCAACAUUUAUGAUCUAUUUGAGCUCGGUGGAAGCCGGCGGAGCCACAGCCUUCAUCUACGGCAACUUCAGCGUUCCUGUGGUCAAGAAUGCAGCACUAUUUUGGUGGAACCUGCAUAGGAGUGGUGAAGGGGAUGGUGACACACUCCAUGCUGGCUGCCCUGUCCUGGUAGGAGAUAAAUGGGUGGCCAACAAGUGGAUACACGAGUAUGGACAGGAAUUUCGCAGACCCUGCAGCUCAAGACCUGAAGACUAA